CCCGCGUCGUUUUGUUUUGUUUUUCGUUUUUAUUUUUCUAUUAUUUUUUAUAAUAGUUAAAUGAAUAUGAAUAGUUAAAACUCUACCGAUAUGGCGUUUUCGCAGUCCUUUAACUUUGGGAACAGCACCUUCAUGGAGCUGGAAAAAGGGAUGCAAGCGGCCGGAAAAGAGAAUACGCACGUCGGAAAUGCCAAUACCAAAGGAGCAAGUGUUGGCAAGGAUUCGAAGGUGGCAAGCCAGGAUAACUACUCCGAGUUUUUCAAGGAUGAGUUCUCCUACGAAGUCAAUCAAGCCAAGAAACCCACAGAACAGUCUCUUAUAAAUGUGUCCCAGGUUAUGGACAAUUUUGAAGGAGUUUCUCAACGUGAUUCUGGAGAUGUUAGCAUCUCAUCCGCAUUCGACGCCCAAAUCUGCACGGAGGAUGUGUUUGAUACCGAGGACAAGGACAGGGAAGCAGCCCAGGAGCUCCCCGAUUUGGACGAGAGCAGCUUUCUCUGCCCCCCACAGGAUCCGGAGGCUUCCCAGCAGCUGAAGGAGGACAUUCUGCGCAGUCGGUGCGUUGUGGCCAAGCAGGGUGGCUAUCACGAAACCUCGCGAAUAAGCCAGAACCUAAGCAGUAUGUCACCAAACCAACUGCGAGUGUCACCCAACACUUCCAGCAUUCGGGAAUCGGUGCCCCAGAAAAUGGACCCACCACCCGACCUAGAGUCUCUUAAAUCAAUAGCCUCGUGGAACCUACCCCACUGCAUUCAGGCUGAAUACAAGAAGAAGGGCGUCGUUCGAAUGUUCGACUGGCAAGUAGAGUGCCUGUGCAAGCCAAGGGUGCUGUUCGAGCACUGUAACCUAGUGUACUCCGCACCCACGUCGGCCGGCAAGACUCUUGUCAGUGAGAUCCUGCUGCUCAAAACCGUCCUCGAGCGCGGAAAAAAGGUGUUGCUCAUCCUGCCCUUCAUUUCGGUGGUGCGCGAGAAAAUGUUCUACUUGCAGGAUCUGCUCACGCCGGCUGGGUACCGUGUGGAGGGUUUCUACGGUGGAUAUACACCUCCCGGAGGCUUUGAAAGCCUCCAUGUGGCCAUCUGCACAAUCGAGAAGGCCAAUUCCAUUGUAAAUAAAUUGCUGGAACAGGGCAAACUGGACUCGAUCGGAACAGUAGUGGUCGACGAGGUUCAUCUCAUUUCGGACAAAGGACGCGGCUAUAUUCUGGAACUAUUGCUGGCUAAGAUCCUGUACAUGUCCCGACGUAAUGCACUGCAGAUUCAGGUGAUCACAAUGUCUGCCACUCUGGAAAAUGUGGAACUGCUGAAGAGUUGGUUGGACGCCGAGCUGUACAUCACAAACUACCGUCCGGUUGCUCUUCGGGAGAUGAUCAAGGUGGGGACAAAGAUCUUCGACCAGCAGCUGAAGUUCCUGCGCGAUGUUUCCCAGCUGAAAGAGAUGCGACAAGCCCUGAGCAACGAUUCUGACGAUGUGGCCCUGCUCUGUAUUGAGACGUUGCUAGAGGGCUGCUCCGUCAUCGUGUUUUGCCCCUCGAAGGACUGGUGUGAGAACCUUGCCGUUCAGUUGGCCACUGCUAUGCAUGUUCUCAUCAAGUCUGGCUCCGAGUUGGGCCGACGUUUGCGAGCCAAUCUCAAUCCGGGGGCCAUCGAGGAAGUGAAACAGCAAUUAAGGGAUAUUCCCACAGGUCUCGAUGGGGUCAUGUCCAAGGCUGUUACCUACGCCUGCGCCUUUCACCAUGCCGGUCUAACCACGGAGGAGCGAGAUAUUGUUGAGGCCUCCUUCAAAGCGGGAGCGCUUAAGGUUCUAGUGGCCACCAGCACACUGAGCUCAGGUGUUAAUCUGCCUGCUCGACGAGUGCUCAUUCGCUCGCCUUUGUUUGGAGGCAAGCAGAUGAGCUCCCUAACAUAUCGUCAGAUGAUCGGACGAGCAGGUCGCACAGGGAAGGACACGCUGGGUGAGUCCAUUCUCAUAUGCACGGAAAGUAAUGCAAGAAUUGGCCGAGAUCUGGUGUCAGCUCAGCUACAGCCCAUUACAUCCUGUCUGGAAAUGGAUGGAAGCACUCACUUAAAACGCGCUCUCCUGGAGGUCAUAUCUUCUGGUGUGGCGAGCACGAAACAGGAUAUUGACUCCUUCGUGAACUGCACGCUGCUGAGUGCCCAGAAGGCCUUGCAGGCGAAAGACCAACCACCAGAUGAUGACUCGGACUCCCACUACAUUAGUGAUGCCCUGGACUUUCUUGUUGAGUACGAAUUCGUGCGCCUGCAAACGGACGAGGAGGCGGAGACAAAAGCCUAUGUAGCUACGCGUCUGGGUGCCGCCUGUCUGGCUUCUUCCAUGCCGCCCACUGACGGCCUCAUUCUCUUUGCGGAGUUGCAAAAAUCCCGUCGUUGCUUCGUCUUAGAGUCUGAGCUCCAUGCUGUAUACCUAGUGACGCCCUACUCCGUGUGCUACCAGCUGCAAGAUCUCGACUGGCUGAUUUAUCUGGAUAUGUGGGAGAAGCUAAGCCCGGCCAUGAAAAAAGUGGGCGAAUUGGUGGGGGUAAAGGAAGCAUUUCUUGUGAAAGCGAUGCGUGGUCAAACGAAACUAGACUACAAGCAGAUGCAGGUGCACAAGCGCUUCUACACAGCUUUAGCACUGCAAGAGCUAGUAAACGAGACGCCAAUAAACGUGGUGGUGCACAAGUUCAAAUGUCACCGAGGCAUGCUACAGAGUCUGCAGCAAAUGUCCUCCACGUUCGCGGGCAUUGUUACGGCCUUUUGCAACUCCCUGCAGUGGUCAACCCUCGCCCUGAUCGUUUCCCAGUUUAAGGACCGACUCUUCUUUGGCAUCCACAGGGAUCUUAUCGAUCUGAUGCGGUUACCCGAACUGUCACACAAGAGAGCACGUGCUCUUUUCGAUGCGGGAUUUACCAGUUUGGUAGAGCUGGCGGGUGCCGAUUCCUUGGAAUUGGAGAAAGUGCUCUUUAACUCGCUCAGCUUUGACUCGGCGAAGCAGCACGACCACGAGAACGAGGAGGAGGCGGCCAAGCGCAAUAUGGUACGAAACUUCUUCAUCACCGGUAAGGCAGGAAUGACAGUGGGUGAGGCUGCUAAACUGUUAAUAGGCGAAGCUCGCCAGUUUGUGCAACACGAGAUCGGGGUGGGCAGCAUUAGGUGGAGUCAAGUGGAGCCGGAGGCGAGUGGAGGACCCGAGUCAGUAAAUAGAGGCGAGGAGGUAGAUAUUCACAUGUCGCUCGAGGAGGAGCAAGUUCGAAACCAGCCGACACAAAAACGGAAACUGUCAAUGGAGGAAAAGGGGAUUGCCGGAAGUGCUUCAAAAAACAAGAUUCAAAAACUGGAUCCACUGGUUGAGAAACAAAAUAAGUCACAGAAGAUCCACUUUGUCGGAAGCGUUAAUCAUACUAAAAAUAUUAAUAGUCAAAAUAAUAUAACCAAUACUCCUUUACAACCGAUAAAAAAACAUUUCGACGGAUUAAAGCCAAGUUCUUUAAAGGAUUCUCAUCAAAAGCCAAAUGAGAAAGCUCCAGAAAUAUUAAAGACUCGACCGAUAUCUUCUAGCACCAAUGUUCAAGAAUAUAAAGGUCAAUCAUCAGAAAAGCCUUUGGAUAAGAUGGAAAACCAGGGACCUAUUAAUCGUGAUCCGAUUCAAAAACCUGCUGAAAAGAGCACGGUUAAUACUAGAUCUGAAGUCGCAAAUAAGGGAGUAAAAUCGGUAACAGAUAGCAAAGUUCAAGAGAAGGUGUCAUCACCUUCAAAUCGGCACAUUCAUAGUAAAAUCCAAACAACAGUGGGUAACUCUAGCGGCGAAUUGCCAAAACAGAUCCUUAAUAAGGAAAGCAGUCCAGUAGUUCCAAGAUCUAAUAACCAACCUGCAAUCGAAGAGAAACCCAGCACCAGUCAUAAUGCACGGAAGGAGAUACUAAGAAAAGAAAUGGCUGAACGUCGAAGGAUAGCUUUAAUGAAGAUUCAGCAGAAAUGCGCAGAAAGGGAGAACCCGAACAAAGAUCAACACAUACAAGCAGCCAGAUCUGCACCACUUCCUCAUAACCACACCCCAAACAGGGGAAACAAUACACAAAUUAGUCAUGCGGCCCGAAACAGUCAACGUCAGCCAGAGCUGGAGUCUCCUAAGACUGCGGUAGCCAUCAAUCCACCAAUGGCCAUGCCAUUCAAAACGCCGUCCAGCGCAAGUAGAGAAUCUUCGGUAACCCCCAUCAGUGUUCGGAUCUCAUCUCCCCAAAUGCCCCGCAGAAGCCCUCGAAAUCAUACUCUGUCCCCGUCCAAUACUCCGAAUCGCACUGCCUCUAGAAAGGUUUCCACCGCAGAGCAGGAUCUGUUCAUGGCAGACGAUUCAUUUAUGCUGAACACCGGACUAACUGCUGCUCUUACGGCCGCCGACGGUAAAAUGGCUGCUUCUUCGGAGGCGGAUGAGAUCCCUAGCUCGCAACCCAAAGAACCGGAGGUGAUCUGUGCCCUGACUCCCCAUGCAUCAAGGAUGAUGCGCUCCUACCAGUUGCGUUCGCAGCGCUUGCAGAGUCCCAGUUCACGAUCAAACAGUAGCUCUACCGGAACCGGAGCUUCCCCUAGUGAAACCGAAAAGGAAUCGGAAUCAAAAGUGGCUUCCUCAAUGGAACUUUCGGACAUGUCUUUGGAAAACUCGUUAAUGAAAAAUCCAAUGCAUCUGAAUGCGUCACACAUCCUGAGCUGUUCCAAGGUUGAUGACAGUGCUUCUAGCUUUUCAAGCUGUGAGAUCAUCGACGUGUGCGGAAACAGGCAGUUGUUUCAAGGUGCCCUCAUGGAGCUCCUCGAAGCCACGCGCUGCGGCUUCAGUGUGGGCAUGCAGGCUCAAGCGGGCAGACAGAAGCCCCUGAUCGGAGCCAAUCUUCUGAUCAAUCAGGUUGCGGCAGCAGAACAGCGGGAGGCGGCUGGGGGCAAGCAGGUGCUUUUUCAAGUGGACGACAGCAACUUUAUCGCCGGCUUAUCCUUCUGUCUGGCGGACAAUGUAGUCUACUACAUGAACAUGCAGGAGGAAGUUCAGGCGAGGGGACAGGGUGUGCCCACCAGUCUAAAGAUACAGGAAGUGUGUAAGCUGAUGGCUCGAAAGGAGCUCACAUUAAUCAUGCACGAUGGCAAGGAGCAGCUAAAGAUGCUGCUAAGGGCGAUUCCGCAGCUUGAGAAGAUUAGCGUGAAACUGGAGGAUCCCAAGGUGGGAAACUGGCUGCUGCAGCCGGACAAGACAAUGAGGUUUCAUAAUUUGUGCCAGCAGUUCGCUCCAGAGUGCACUGCCCUUGCUGAUCUUUGCGGCAGCGGUCGUGGUUACAGCAGCUACGGCCUUGAUAGCUCCAGUGCUAUUCUUCCAAAAAUAAGGGCGUCCAUCGAGGCUUGUGUAACAGUGCACAUAAUCAAGGGUCAGAUCGAGAAUCUUGAGAGGAUCGGCAAGGGCGAAUUGCUAAAGUUUUUCCAAGAUGUUGAAAUGCCCAUUCAAAUGUCUCUUUGCCACAUGGAGUUCGUAGGGUUUCCGGCCAUGCAGCAACGGCUGCAGCGGCUCUUCCAACAAAUGGUAGCCGUUACAAAAAAGUUGGAGGUAAAGAUCUACGAGCAGCAUGGCUCACGUUUUAAUCUUGGCUCGACGCAGGCCGUGGCUAAGGUUUUGGGACUUCACCGGAAACCCAACGGGCGGGUAACCACCUCGCGGCAGGUGCUGGAGAAGUUGGACUCGCCCAUAUCACUUCUCAUUCUGGGCCACCGAAAGCUGGGGGGCCUUUUGGCUAAGAGCAUUCAGCCGCUACUGAAGUGCUGCCAGGCGGAUAGAAUUCAUGGCCAGAGCAUAACCUAUACCGCCACAGGUCGUAUUUCCAUGACAGAGCCGAAUCUACAGAAUGUGGCGAAGGACUUUGCAAUUAAAGUCGGAGCUGAUGCCAUCAACAUAUCCUGCCGCUCGGCAUUUGUACCCCAGGAUGAGGGGCGAUGCCUCCUAUCGGCGGACUACUGUCAGCUUGAAAUGCGAAUCCUUGCCCAUUUGUCCCAGGACAAGGCUCUGCUGGAGGUGAUGAACUCGCCGCAGGACCUUUUUACAGCCAUUGCGGCGCACUGGAACCGAAUAAACCAGUCCGAGGUGUCGGAGCACGUGCGAAACGGCACUAAGCAGAUCUGCUACGGAAUCGUCUACGGCAUGGGCAUCCGCUCUUUGGCUGAGUCCCUGAAGUGCAAUGAGCAGGAGGCGAAGAUGGUAUCCGAGCAAUUCCAUCAGGCGUACAAAGGCAUUCGAGAGUACACCCAGAAGGUGGUCAAGUUUGCUCGCAACAAUGGAUAUGUGGAGACCAUCAUGGGCCGCCGGCGCUACCUGGACCACAUUAACAGUCCCGAAGAGCAGAUGAAAAAUCAGGCCGAGCGUCAGGCCAUAAACUCCACUAUUCAAGGUGGUGCUGCGGAUAUUGCGAAAACUGCAAUAUUGAAAAUGGAAAAGAACAUGGCCCGGUAUCGAGGAAAAUUGGGCCUGGGGGAGAGAUCAGUUAACCUGGUUAUGCACUUACAUGACGAACUGAUCUUCGAGGUCCCUGCCGACAAGGCCAAGAAAAUUGCCAAAGUACUGAGCCUUACAAUGGAGAAUUGCGUGAAACUUAGUGUUCCACUCAAGGUUAAGCUGAAGAUAGGACGCAGUUGGGGUGAAUUGCAAGAGAUUAGGGUGUAA